AUGGGGGUGGAGUGCGCGCGUCGAGACGCAGCAGCACGUUUGCUGUUCGAAGAAGCUUCUUCAAUUUUGAAUUUCGAUUUAUUUAAUUUGCUGCUGAAGGGCCCUCAAGAAAAACUCAACGAGACCCAAAUUGCGCAGCCCGCGCUGCUCACGGCCUCCGUGGCCCUCUUCACCAGCUGGAAACGCGCACACAACGUGGAGAUAGACUGCUGCGCGGGGCUUUCCCUGGGGGAGUACUCGGCGCUUUGCUGCAGCGGGGUUUUGUCUUUUGCUGCUGCUGUUGAGCUGACAGCAAAAAGGGGAGCUUUGAUGCAGCAAGCAGCAGCAGCAAACCCUGGGGAAAUGUACGCCAUUCUGGGCCUCAGCCAGCAGCAAACCGAGGCCGUCUGUGCUGCUGCUGCUGCUGCUGCCCGCAGCAGCAGCAGAAAAGAAGGAGGUGUGUACUGUGGGGUGGCGAACUACUUGUGUCCGGGGAACUACGCCGUGUCUGUGUCGCGGUCUGCUGCUGCUGCGCUGCAGCAAGCAGCAGCAGCAGCAGCAGCAAAACGCUGCGUGCGGCUGCAGGUCUCCGGGGCCUUCCACUCCCCACUCAUGGCUCCUGCUGCAGCAGGACUAGCAGCAGCAAUUGCUGCUGCUGAUUUCCAAACCCCACAAACCCCCGUGCUGCUGAAUGUGGACGCGCAGAUCCACACAAACCCCCAAGUCAUCAAGCAAAAGCUCAUUCAGCAGUGGCAACAGUCGAUGGAGCUGCUGGGGCGUUUGGGAAUGGAGGAAAGUUUCGAGUUUGGCCCUGGAGGAAUUCUCUCCAAACUCAACAGCAAAAUCAACCCCCACGUCCGCACCGUCAGAGUCGAGUGA